AUGGCCGACGCGAACGGAACAAAGCCGAAGACGAGCUUGGUGCUCAAUGCCUUCGUUGAGAUGUGCAGUGGACAUCAGUCCCCUGGACUCUGGAGACAUCCCGACGACGAGUCCUGGCGAUUUAACGAGAUCAGCCACUGGGUCGAGCUGGCGAAGCUUCUCGAGGAAGCCAAGUUUCACGGCAUCUUCAUCGCAGACGUUCUCGGCGGCUACGACGUGUAUUCGCAGUCGCUUGACCCUGCAAAGAUCUCCGGCGCGCAAUGGCCCGUCAACGAGCCUCUUGCCCCCAUUGCAGCCAUGGCUGCUGUGACCAAGAGCAUCGGCUUCGGAGUGACGGUGUCGACGACGUACGAGCAGCCAUACCACUUGGCUAGGCGUCUGUCCACGGUUGAUCACCUCAGUGGUGGGCGUCUUGGAUGGAACAUCGUGACGAGCUACCUCGAUUCCGCAGCCAAGAACAUGGGCCUCGCCCAACAACCCCAGCAUGACGACAGAUACGCCCAAGCCGAGGAGUACAUUAAGGUCAUGUACAAGCUCUUCGAGUCCUCAUGGCGCGACGACGCCGUCAAGCUCGACCGCGCGAAAGGCAUCUACACCCAGCCCGACCUCGUGCGCAAGAUCAACCACGAAGGGCGCUUCUUCAACGUCCCCGGCCCUCACAUCGUGCAGCCCUCGCCGCAACGCACGCCGCUCCUCCUGCAGGCCGGCACGUCCAAGGCGGGCAAGCAGUUCGCGGCGCAGCACGCCGAAGCCAUCUUCGUGUCGGCGCACGCGCCGGCGGUGUGCGCGAAGAGCAUCGCCGAGAUCCGCGAGCUCGCGCGCACGGAGUACGGCCGCGACGGCAACAGCAUCAAAGUGCUGGCGCUGGUGACGCCGAUCCUGGGCGCGACGGAGGCGGAGGCGCAGGCGAAGCUGGCGGAGUACCGCAAGUACGCGUCGCACGAGGGCGCGCUGGCGCUGUUUGGCGGGUGGACGGGGAUGGAUUUGAGCAAGUACGGCGACGAGGAGGAGCUGCGCGAGGUGGAGAGCAAUGCGGUGCGAUCGACGGUCGAGGGCUACGCGCGGUUCUCGCCGGGUACGGCGAAGUGGACGAAGCAUACCAUUGCGGAGCAUGUUAGCGUUGGUGGUAACGGACCAAUCUUUGUCGGCACGGCGGCGCAGGUUGCGGACGGGUUGGAGACGUGGAUUGCGGAGGCCGAUGUGGAUGGCUUCAACUUUGCGUAUGCGCUCUUCCCCCAGUCGUUCAAAGACAUCAUCGACCUGCUUCUUCCGGAGCUGCGCCGUCGCGGGCUGUUCUGGGAUGACUAUGCCGUUCCGGGCGGCACGUACAGAGAGAACUUUUACCGCAAAAAGGGACAGUCGGGACCGUUGGAUGAGCACGUUGCUUCGUCGUACCGGUGGAAGGCUGGUGUGUCGGCGGAGGAGGCCAAGAUUCCCGAGUAA